AUGUCACGGUCCAACUUGAAAUGCACACAGGCGCCAGGAUCAUCAAGUGAUGAUGAACCUAACCCGAAGCAUGUAAGAAGCGAAAGAAGUUGGGUGGCACCAUCACCACUAGUGGAUGAAGGUGCAUGGCACAUUCUAUUUCAGUACCUUACCACUGAGAUGACCUAUCCUCAGAUGGAAGAGGAAUUUUUAUCUGACCUUGGUGAUAGAUACUGUGCAGAUGACUGGAAGGACGCUCGAGACACAUUGUUCUCUGCUGACAACUUAAAUGAUGUCGCGACUCCCUUGGCUAAUCUUCAGGCCUUGUAUGCUAAACACAUAACACCUCAGUCCUCUUCACCAUCGAAUGUAGCGAAUCCACCAGAAGAUUCUCCCUUAGUUGCAACUCCAGCAAGGACGCCUGGAUGCCUGUCAGCCUACACUUGCAAGAGUCAUCAUCGACCACAUCAACAGCCUAGAAAUCCUUACAUCAAUCUUGAAGCAGAGGAAGACUCGACUGAUGAUGAUGAUGAUGAGGAGGAGGAGGCAGAGGGUAACCACUCUGCGUGGUCACCACUUGUUACGAGCUUGCCAGAAUCUUCAGCCAAACAGACGUUUCUCUCAGCGAUCGACAAUAUCUUCGACAAGGAUCUGCAACAGCCUUUAUCGCCAAACACCUUCGGGACAAAGGACUCCCCAUUACCAUCUUGGCCUGGAUCCCAGGCCAGCUAUGAAGAGUGUGAAGCAGUCAAACAUGCAUGCCCCAAACUUCCCAACCCAGGGUGGACGGUAUCCGACAUUCUUCAUGAUGGGGAAGUCAUUGGAUGCUUGUACAAAGGAGAACAAUAUUACAUGGGGCUAUUGCUCAAAAGAUUUCGGCAGGAUGGCCUAGAGAUUGUUGUCACCCCUCAUCCCAACUACAUUCGGCUGCACCUGCAAUCUGGAUGGAACACAUGCUUCAUCAAGGCCACUGAAUUGGCAUUCUCUAUGCAAUUUCUAUGCAUCAGUGAUGAGGCCAGGGUCAUCACUGGAGAGGUUUGUUUAGAAAUUGGAAAAGUAGUAUCGACAAACCAUGCAUUUGGUAAGUUGACCAAGGAAGAGGUCGAAGUUUCCAAGUAUUACUUGGAUCGUUGUCCUCUGAUGCAUGCACUGCAAUCACAGCUGCCAACACAGCAAAUCUGUGAGCCUCCCCCCGACACCGAAUCCCUUGAAAUUGGAGAUUAUGUAAAGGUGCUUGAGGGAUAUUAUAAGGGUAAAUGUGGCACCAUCAGCUGGUUUUCUCUGGGAACCUCAGUUCUGUAUUUAUGGGUGGACAACACUCCAAUGUGUGCUUCAGCACUGGUGAUGAUCAAAGUUCCUUUGGCAUGGGUUCAGCAGAUGUACCUUGCCCUGACAAUAAAAUACACAAAGGACAAGGGAUAUGAUGUCAGGCCUGGAGACUUUGUGAAAGUUGUUCAUGGGCCGGAACAUCAGAUGACAGGGGUUGUUCACAGCAUUGACUUUCCAAUGGCUCACCUGACCCUCCUAUCUCAGACUGAUGAAUCACUUAUCAACAUUCCCAUAAGGUUCAUGGUGAAGAUGCGCAACGCAAGUUUGGAUACCUUUAAGAACAUCAUUGGUAAAGAAGUGUUCAUCAUUGGAGUACUCAAACACCCUGAUGUUGCCACUAUUGAUCUAAUUGCUCACUGGCUAAGUUAUGGAAUGUGGUUGAAUGGUGCUAUACUCGAAAGGCACAACUUGAUUGCUUUCUGUGAAAUACAGCAAAAAUCAUACUUGAAGCCGCCACCUCAAAGCGUCACUCCCCCACCUGAGAAAAUAAUAGCUUCCUCCAGCUCCAUCGCAUGUCCCAACAUGCAGUCUUCCAGCAUUCUGAGCACCUGGACCACCAACCCCCAGGAUAUCGCUGGGGCAGUAAACCAUUUAUUGGCCAUCAAUUCAACCACUUCAUCUGAGUUGACAUCUGACCCUUGGACUGUCAAUCCAGAGGACACCGAGACCGGACAGGAGAAUAUUCAAGAUAACAGUCCACUACCUUGGCUGAUGCGGAAGGAAUUUUCUUUGACUUUCCUUAUGCACCAUGCAGUGUUGAAAGUCUUGCCAAACUUCAUGGGGGGCAAAUUACACAAAUGA